AUGGCCGGCGAAUUGAGGACAAUCCCAAUUUCUGAAGUGGAACAACAUUCAAGUGCACAAUCAUGCUGGAUUAUCAUGGACGGAAAGCUUCCACAUGAGCAUAAAUGGAAGCAAGGAUACCAGGUGGAAAAAACAGUAAACGACAAAUUACAACAUGGACAAGACGGAGAAGAAGCAUUGAAGGAUGACGAACGUUCAGUUUAUGACGUCACCAUCUUCCUCUCUGAACAUCCUGGAGGAUUGGAAGCAAUUACAGAAUUUGCUGGGAAAGAUGCUACUGCUUCAUUUGAAGACGUGGGACAUUCAAAGGAUGCUAGGGAAAUGACUAAAGAAUAUCUCAUAGGUAGAUUGCCAACUGAUGCAGUCUAUUCCGGUACAAGCAUCACCAACGUUACCAAGAAGGGGUCGUCGUCUGGUAAUACCUGGCGAGAUAUAAUAUUUUCCCCAACUUGGUCCAAUUUUAUUAUCCCAACUACUAUUGGCGUAGUUAUUUUUGUGCUUUACAAAGGCGUUUUUAGAAUAUUUGCUUGA